CAAAAGCCAUGUCUUCAGUAGUCUACGCUCUGCUCAUCAUCCUGUGGAACAGUAAGUGGGGAGCCUUGCCUUGUUCAUUCUGGACUUUCACAUAUUUUGUGGGGAUAUGUUUUGGGAAGACAGGGAGGAUUACCUAGGCAAUCUCUUUUAAAGGCGAUGUGUACCUGUGCUUUGCAGUUUGGUGCUUGAUCGGUGAGGCUUCUGUGGUGGUCCCAGAUGUUGCUGUGAGAUGUGCUGAAGAAGCGCUGCUGCCCUGUAAAGUUCUUCGGGACUCCUCAGUCACCUACCAGACAGCAUCUUGGUAUAAAAUGGCUGGAGAUGGCGAAGGAAUAGCAUGGAAAGUCCUUGAUGUGGAAUCUCAUUAUCCGAAAGAACUUGGGGGGUCCCUGGAGCUCUCCAACGACACCUUCUUUUCACUGAGGAUCAAAAACGCGACCAGCCGAAACAGCGGGACAUAUAAGUGCACUUUGGGGGAACAGAGUGGAGAACGCAAUCUGAGUGGCACAGUCACAUUAAAAGUAACAGGUUGCCCUGGAAUAGAAGAUGAAAAAUUAAAAAAAUACAAAGCCGAGCUUUUCAUGCUGACGUGCCUUGGGAUUUUUUACUUGCUGCUCAUCUUUUUUACCUGUACAUGUCUAAGAAAAGAGAGUAUGUCUUCCAAUUAUCAAAAAAAGAGACCAGAUAUGAAACACAUGCUCACUCUCAUCAAUGUACAUGAAAUGACAACUUUCCAGGACUUAAACAGCAACAGCACUUGCAAAAAUGAGCUUACUUCAAGUUCUGUCUAA